AAGAGCAAUAAUAUGAACCGGAGAAAGUACCUGAUUUGAACGCAGGGUUUUCCAUUCCUUUUGUAACUUUUCAACUUCUUUACAUGAAAAUCCCUCCAAAAAAACCUCAUUUUUUAAAACCUAUUUUGCCAGGUUUUAAGCAACAAAUUACAGUUCCUGUAAGUUUCUUCAAGUAUUUGAAGGGACAGACGAAUGAAUAUGCAUUGCUAAGACGGGCAAGUAAGAAGUGGUCCGUGAAGGUGAAUGGCCGGCGACUGGAAGAUGGUUGGGAAGAGUUUGUAAAGGACCAUGAUUUACAAUUGGGAAAUAUUUUGAUAUUCAAACAUGAAGGAGACAUGGAAUUUGAGGUCGCCGUCUUUGAUUCAAGUUGUUGUGAGAGAGAAUAUGAACAAGGAGUUCAUGGAAGAGAAGAAGAAAAAGUGUGUAUUGUUGAAGAGUCUUCCAAGAAAUCGGAAUUCAAAGAAAAACCAAAGCCCAACAUCAAGAAAUCAGGCAAGGGUUUCUCCAAUGUAAAAGCUGCUUAUAAGGACAUGCAUCUCAGUCGCUCUCAUUUCAUUUGUACAAUUAGACCAUAUUGCCUUUCAAAGUAUUGUCUGUGUAUUCCAAAACAAUUUGCACAAGAAAACAGACUCAUCGACAGGAGAUGUGAGAUAAUUGUAAGGGAUGAGCAACGAUCAUGGACGCUUGGUGUGCAUACAAGCGGCAAAAACACCUUCAUUGGAAGUGGAUGGCAUGAAUUUUGCCGUACAAAAUGCUUUGAGGAAGGAGAUAUCUUAAUGUUUGAGAUAGUUUCCAAUGGAGAAACACCUAUCUUCAGAUUUCAUGAUUUGAGAGAAAGCCCGUUUCUUCAGGCUGAAGUAAAGAAGAAAGAUUUGGAUGCUGAAAGAAUGUCAGAUAAAGCAAUAACAGAUGCUAUGCUUGAGACCUCGGACGUGAGUACUCCUAAAUCACAAGAAGCUGCUGAUGCCAACCCUCAUUUUAUAUCUACUAUUAAACCUUACACCCUCAGAUUUCCUGUUUUGUAUCUUCCAAUCGCUUUUGCAAAAUCAAAUGGCUUGCUGGAUAAACGCGAGUUGAUUAUCAUGGAUGAAAAACGGAGAUCAUGGUCAAUGUGCCUUGGGCAAAUUGACAAGCGUCACUUUGGAAUUAAAAAGGGAUGGCGAAAGUUCAUAGAAGCCAGCGGUGUUCAAGUAGGAGAAACUUACAAGUUUGAACUCAUCAACAAUGGCAAAAUACCUAUAGUUCAUUUCCAUUGUAAAUAUGAAACAGUUGGUGAUGGGAAAGGAAACUAGGCACUAAAGCAAGUGGAUAUAAUGUUUUUGGAUCUACUACAUUUUGCUAUAUCUUAAAAAAAAUAACUUUGAUAAGUUGUAUGAUAUGUUCUACUUCUAUUUUGAAAGUAUCCUCUAAUGCAUGCUUACUGCUCUC